AUGGUUGGCCACACUGGCGUGUACGAGGCUGCCAUCAUCGGCUGUGCGGCCACUGAUAAGGCCAUCGGCAAGAUUUACGAGGCCUGCAAGAAGGAGGGCUACAUUCUCUUUAUCACCGCCGAUCACGGCAACGCCGAAGAGAUGAAGUUCGCUGACGGCAAGCCCAAGACUUCUCACACAACAAACAAGGUCCCCCUUGUUAUGGCCAAUGCGCCCGAGGGCUGGAGCCUUCGCAAGGGCGACGGCGUUCUCGGUGAUGUUGCGCCCACCAUCCUUGCGGCGAUGGGCCUUCCUCAGCCUGAAGAGAUGACUGGCUCGAGCCUUCUCGAGAAGGGCCUCAAGCGAAGCGCCGAGGCUGCUUCUAGCUAG